AUGAUGAGAAGCCGGCUAGAACCGCAGUGGGUGUCAACCAUGUCCAAAGUCCUGGCAGCCAUCAUCAACAGGAAGCCCGAAAGCAUCAAGUCACCCUUCCAGUCCUUGCUCAUGUACCUGGAGCUGGCCAUGAAGAGGAGAGCUCCUGAUUCUCUCGACUACCGCGUCCUCACGCCCUUGGUUUCCGUUUAUGCCGACUUCCUGGAGGCUGGAUGGACCCCAACUUACGAGGAGAUGGAGGUUCGGCCCAAGUACGGGGCCACCAGACUCAGGGACCCGCAAAAUGAAGGAGCCAAAACCUCGGACCUGUACUUGUUUGCGCUGCUGCUGGUCAACUCUUCGGACCCCUUGAUGCGGGCGGCAUGCAUGCGGGCCAUCCGCGUGCUAGGUGGCCGAACCGCCAGGAAGCAACCAGUCCCUCGGCUUUUGCAGUGUGUCAACAUCUGCAUGUUGCCACCAGAUCCGAAGACGCAGAAGCCAUAUCAAGGUCUUCCACCGCAGGGCUUAUCGAUAGCUUUACCCAGGAAGUCGUUCCACAUGGCACCAUUCGCAUACUCAAUGUGGUUGUACAUGCAAGAUGAAGUGGCCCGAAGCGAGUCUGGCACCAGGAUCUUCCACAUCAUGAGCCACGCCACGCCUGCAAGCACUGUGCCUCAAAUUCAGCUCUUCCUGGCUCCAGGCCCCGGGAGAGAUUACAGCGCUUGCCGGUUCGAGGUCCGCCUGGGUGCGAGCCACUUCGUGCCCGAUGAGGGCACGGGAGGCCUCAAGCGACAUACUUGGGCACACGUUUGCUUGGUGCUGGGCCGACGCCACGUGAUCUUGUACGUCAACGCAGAGCUGACCAUGCAGAAGGAGACCUCAGGCAUGCAGCAGUUCUCGAAUCUUCGUGGUCCUCAGCGGGGUACGUGCUAUGUUGGUAUACCGCCUCCUGAUGUCGUGCCCUACCACGCCAUGAACUGGUUCUUUCCUGGCUACAUCUUUGAACUGGCCUACCAUGACGAGGGGCUCAGCGCCUCACAAGUUCAAGUGCUCCACGCAGGAGGACGCCGUUCACUUCCGCUGAAUCUGUCGACGUUCGAAUCUGCGGAAGACACAGAGUCAUGUUGCAUCUACCCGUACGUCAAGUGGAAGCCAACUCCGUUGCAUUGGUUGGUCACCAGUGACAUCUGGGAGAAGCUGGAAGGGCAAAUCUUGACCUUGCUUGCCUCGAAGGUCCACUUGAUGAACGAGACAGAAGUCGACGAGUUUCAGUUGGAAGCGGUGCGUGCCCUGCGCUGCGCAGCAAGCCACUUGCUGGCGGCCUGCUUCGACCUGGAUGAAGUUUGCAGCCGGCGGCUUCGACAAUGGGCAGUGAAUUUUUCACAGGUGAAGUCGCAGGUGCCGCCAGUCAUCAAGUUGCACUUGAACGAUGAGUCAUUUUCCUUCGAAUUCAAGCUGCGAUUUCGACAGUAUAGUAACUUGGAGGAAGGCGCUAAAGUCCAGACCAUCAUGGCCAACGUCAAUGAGAAGCUCCUUGAAGCAAUGGCGGGUAGCAUCAUCUUCAGCUCACGCCGAUGCGCGGGAUCAAUUUCGAAUCUGCAUCGAGAGUUUGCCGAGCACCACAAAUGUUCUGACACCAAGAACUGCUGGUUUCUGACUUUCGUGUACUUCCAAAACGUCACACAGCUGAAGUUGCCUCCGCAAACUGGCCCCGACGGUUGGUUGCACUGCACCAUUGGCUAUGUCGACGGGAAGACGGAGCUGGCUGCGGCUUGGGAUGGCGAGGAGCCGCGGAUUACGAUCGAGAGCUACACCAAGGACAUGUUUCGUACCGAAGCAUAUCUCGGAUGUGAAGUGCAGAUAACAGGAAGUAUCAAGAAGAUUUGCAACCAGCUUCUCUGCGAUCUUGCCUAUGUGCGAGUUUGGGACAACUACGAGCCCGCAGAGAAGCUCAACAAAGAGUUUGCAGAUGCUGGAGCGCCCAAUGCCAUGCUGGUGGCUGGGAAUCAAGCCGUAUUUGUGUGCUUGAUGCCCAUCAUCCACGAGGACCGUGGCUACAUACUGGACGCUGUUCCCAUGUCAGCAGACGUUGGCCCAACCGUCACAACGACGGCGGCCGCACAGAAGUCAGGACCCAACACGAAAGUCUUUCCAUCCGUGCGAUCUCGAUACAACGUCUCAUUGCAAUGGCCCGGAUGCCUGUUCUGCUCACAAGACUACGUGCCGAUCUACACAGCGCCCAGGGCAAUCUCUGAAAAGCUCGUGCUGCAGGCCUCACAGCUGCGCAGUUCUUCGUGCAACCGCUUCCCCUGGCAUGGCCUUGCCGGUGGGCACGGGCAGCUGGCCUUGUGCACAGUAUCUCGGCACCAAGCUGUAAGCCUACUGCAAGCAGGGCUGAUGAUCAAGGAGCGUGGCGCUUAUCAAUUCCAGUGGCUGAUCCACCAUCCCUCCUCUGUGAACGGUUCUAUCAAGAAGGAGCAGUGCGCUGUAGGCUUGCUGUUGCAGAAUGACUUCUCGGAGCUGUACCGCGCAAGCUGUGCAACAUUAGAUGUCACGCUGGACACCAAAAUGGUACAGCAAACCCCGGACAAGCGCUUCUCGGCCAUUCAAUGGGCCAAAGAGUCAGUGAAGAUCAGCUUGACUCGGCGAGGCUGCAUCCUGCGAAUGCAGCUGCUUUUUGUGGACUCUGCGCUCUGGAUCUCCAUGUUCUUGAAUGAUGUUCUGAUCGAUGCCCAAUGUCUUGUCCUUCCACCGCAGUCCGUGCUGGAGAGACUCAGCCAGCUGCCAAUGUCCCACGUGACAUGGCCUAGCUUUGAGCUUGGCGUCACACCUCCGGCGGUCUCAAGCUCCAACUCGAUCUAUGCUGCUUACUGCAACUUUCGUGACUUUGAAGCCGAAGUCUUGCCGAAUCCCAGCAACGACAUUGUGCUCGAGCGCAUCAACAUCCCCUUGAUGGACCCACGAGCCGAUAAGACGCGUGCGAUCCUUGAACCCAUCCUGGAAGGGACUUUGCGAGACAAAGACCGAGGGGAAGUUCGGUUUCCAGAAGACAUGCUGUUGUUGGCCGCAAUGUGCUCAUCCGAGCAGAUUUGGAGGUUUAUGGAGAACAAGCGCAAGGAGUCGUUGCUCUACCUGGCUAUUGAGACCUUGCUCAGCAGCCAGGCUACGUUCAUGGGUCUUGCAGAAGCAACAAAGCGGAAGCGCUACGCUUUGUUGGCUUUGGGCAGCUUGCUGCGCUUCCCUCAUACGUACGAGGCACUGUUCGACAUGGGCUUUCUGCAAGUGAUGGCGAACUUUCUUUCGACUGGCCUGCCAUCAGUGCACGACGAAGCGUCAGACACAAGUGGGCUCACGGCUCGAUUGAGCACCCGAGCCCUGAGAGCAGAUUCCUGGAAGAAUCGUCUGCAGGCCGCCAGGAACAUGUAUUCACUGCUGUGUACAACAGCGCAUCUUCUCCCUCCCGUGGAAGCGCCCACCUACGUCGACACGUUCAUCGAGACGCGAUUGUUGGUGGGGACCAGCACGCAAGAGCGUUCUGAGGUAAGCUACCUGCUGCAGGAAUGUCAGGAUGCAACAGCAGCCGAUCUUGGCAAGUUCACCGAUGCGCUUCGGACGUACUCGGCUGGGGCGGCAGGUUUGCGAUCGCCAGGAUCCCCGGACAACGCCUCUGUGAUUCUUAGUGUCCUGAAGACGCUUACCCACAUGAUUGGACGCGAUGAGACAAAUGCUCACAUGCUGGCCUUGUUUACAGUUUGUAGUGUAUCCGCGGAGGAUCCGCGGGAGCUCUUGGAUUUGAAGGAGAGCGAGCACCAGGCUCAGCGACUGAAAAUGCAUGCCUCCAGCAACAUCUACGAGUGUUGCAUCCCCAUUCCUGCUGCGACUGAGAUCAUAACCUUCGACAACAUACCGAUUGGAAACGGCUCGGUGGAAAUUCUGGAAGGUGGCAUUCGCCGCGGUAUCUGGUCUCGCUUCAAUGCGGAUGAAGCCGACACCUUCAAGCCAGACACUUUCCAGUGGCGGUUCAAGUAUGAGUCCGAGGAGAUCCUGAGUUCUGUGCAGGAUCUCGAGGAUUCGGUGGACCGCGAGAACAAGGGGUAUCGCUUUGUGGUCCGCCCUGUGUGGGACACGGAUGAUGAGCAGACUAUUUUGGCGAGGCGUCAGCUCAUUCUCGACAAGCCAGGCUUCAUGAAGCUGCUCACGAGCUUGCAUUCGCAAGCAAAGGGCCUAGGUCCAGGCGGCGAGAAGGUGCAGAACGAAGUGGAUUUGAAGGUUGUCAUGCUGCUGUCCUUCCUGGCACAGCGAGGUGACAAGCCUCCGCAUCCAGCCAUGAUCUCGGAAGACGCAACCGUGGAGAAGAUCGUGUUUCAGACUCUUGCCUGGAGUAAGGUGGGUGGGCGAGGCUCGUGGGGUCCUGCAAGUUCCAUCUUGUUGCUGACUGCAUCCCCCCUGGCGAAGCUUUCCCGGUGCCGACGGAUUUCGCGGCACUUUGUGAGAAACGAGACUUCGAAAGCAGCGAAAGGCUACAUUCGAGCACUUGAAAAGGUCCCACCGGCGUGGUAUCAAGCAGUGGAGGUAACACUGAUUGGGAUUUGUGUGGCCUGCUUCUGCUUCGGUGAGACUAAUCCUUCAAAGGCACUCUUCGUGGAGUCGGAGCCGUGGUUCGGCUACAGCACCGGCGGCCUGUCGAUCGAAGAUGUGAUCAACCUGAUCUUUUGUGCCGAACUGGUGAUGCGUGCCUGGGCGAACGAUUUUCAAGCAAACUGGUUCCUGCGCGGAAGCUCUAUCACCGACCUUGUCUCGUGUCUGCCAGUUCUAGACCGGGCCUUCGCCUUGACGCCUUCAUCAGAUCUUAGCUUGGAACUGACCCUGUUGCGCUCGAUCCGGUUUGUCCGCAUCUUCCGCCUCUUGAAAUCGACGGCGGUGAUCGAGGACCGCGAAGGGCGGAGGGGCAGCAGCCUCGGCCUGUCGGUGGUGCGAAUCCUGGUGUCGGCCGUUGGCACACUGUCAAUCUCAGCCGGGCUACUAUGGAGGGUCGAGGGCCGCAAUGGGAUAAAUCCGGCAAUCAACUCCUUUGGUGAUGCUUGCUUCUACAUGCUCAAUGUAUUUACCUCUCAGGGUGCUCCUUUCCCAGUCACCAGCACGGAGGGCAGAUUUGUGACGAGCGUUGCCAUUGUAAUCGGCCUGCUCUCCUUGCCUGUUCAAGUGAACGAGCUGUUUGCCGUGCUGCGAAGUUGGAAGACAGAGGAAGAAGCAGAAACAUGCGAGGUAUCCGACUCCGGUGUCACGGGGUCGGAGUCCGAUCAGAAUCUGCAGAAUCCGGGAGGCCAGCCCACAGACUUCACAGACUUGAUCCGUGAUCUCCCGACAAGUGACCGAUUGGGCGACAGCUCCUCUGCUUUUCUUGGCAUUUCCGUGAAAGGUUUCUGCGAUGAAGCUGGAGUUGGCGUAGAGGUGCUUGAGCCGCAGGUGGCUGAAUCAGACCUUGUUGACUUUUUUACCGUUCUCGAGGAUCCUGCAACAGCUGGUCACAUUGCGGCAGACCCACGUGUUCGGAUUAAACUGGCCGCUGCGCUCAUACGGAGAAAGAAGGAGCUGGUGUCUGAUGAGCUCGGGUUCUUCAGGACCAUGUUCCAGCUCCUGGAAACCCGGCCCAGCAUCGAGAAGCAGUGCGGGGUCGGUGGCAAAAGGAAAGUCCCGCUGGACCGGCAGCACAUCUCGGUGGCCCGGUUUUACCACGGCAUCUCAUCCAGUGAAGAAGGACGUCAGCAUUUUGCCUACCAUCAGGAGGCCAUCAUGAGGAUCGUGGACAUCGCCAACAACAACACUCAGGCGGCCUCCAAGCCCGACUGCCAGCCAACUUCGCAUCAAGCACUCUGUUACGACGGGAACUACAUCAUCCGCUGCUUGACCAACUUCUCGAACAAGCCAUCCAAGUGGGCCUUAACAACUUCGUUGAACUUGCUGAGACCAAAGCAACAUGCUGCCGGCUGGAUGUGUGAGUUUGCCCGUGGGGAGGUCGUAUGGAGUCUUUCACUUCACAUCUUCCUUAUGGACGAACAUCAAGCUGAUAUGCCAGCAAUUGUCUUCUAUAAGGGCACAUCUCCAUCGGAGGUACAGCUGGCUGUCGGGGUCGGCCAUGCAACGACCGUGUCCACAGAAACAAAGGCUGCAGAAGCCAUGUCCGCACUCGGCAACACUGUGCAAGCCAGGCUGGAGCUACCCGUGCAUGGGCAAAGAAGUCCUUAUGUGCGGAGGUAUACGCACGACGGGCGCCUAAAGACACUGACCAUCCCCAACAAGUUCGUAGAAAUCUACCGCUGGGCGCAUCUGGCAGUGCACUUGGCAUGCCGAGCAGAGAAAUGGGGAGCUGCUGCAAAACUGAACCUCGACUCGAGGUGGUGGCCAUCGAUAGCGCCAGGGACCCCAAAGUUACUCUCCUGGCCCUCUCAUGGCAUGUCGCGAAAGCCAUCGGAACACAAGGUCAAUAUGGCUGUGGUCAUGAAUGGUGAGCUCAUUCACACGCACACGCUACAAUGCGAGCUGAUGGCCGGUGGCUCAGGGUCGGAGUGCCUGCUUCCAGACUCAAGUAAUCUCAAGUACAUCAAGAUGAAGAUGCUGCUGCUCGCAGGUGAAUUUCCAACCAGGACAUCAGGACACCUUUCUUGGUGCUCCACCUUGGGAGUAUGGCAGGUCUACCAGCUGAUGUUGGUGGGUGGCAGGGCCAUGGAACCACAGCACGCCAAGGAGGUGAAAGCGCGGGAUGAGCUGAAGGCAUGGCACGACAAUGGCACCGACAUGCAGCACUUCGACCACAGCCGUAUUGGCCUGACCGGAGCAGACGAUCUUCCAGACCCAGUGCAUUUGCCUGGCUUGCCAGUGCAGAUCUUCGAUGCCCGCCUGAAGGUUGCAUCGGAGGAGGGCAUAGAAGACGGAAUUGAUCGGGAAGCGCGACUGGAACUGAUCAAGCACAUUGUCAAGCAGCACCCGGAUUCUGCCGUCACCGAGGCUCGGGCGCCCAUUGUGGUGCACCAGCUUCUCAUGCUCAUCCACUUCCCGGAGAACGUCGAGUGCGCAGCCCAGUGGGUCAGUGAGCUGCGGAAUGCACGGAAAUUCACCGAAGAGGGGUUCUCAAGGUGCCUGGCCGAUCCAUCCGUGGGGGCGAUGACUACCUUCUUCCGCUUCCUGACGUCCAACUUCACGACGGUCAUUCGCACGCAGGACAGAGUGCCCCAAGCCUUCGCUGAGCAGUUCACAGCCCUGGAUCAGGGUGAGAAGUUCCAGCGCUUUAUGCAGCAGAUGAUCAGACGGAAGGAUGACCGUCGAAUCAGUGGACAGCAUCUUGCUGCUGUCAUGAGUGAUCUCUCGCAUUUUCUGUGCAUGUGCAGGUGGUGUCAGAUUGCAGCCGCAGCCAAGGUACCGUGUGUUGAUGAACUUUGUGCUGCAACAGUGCCUCGGCAGCUUGCGGAAUUCGCAUUUGAAUGGAAGCAGCCGCCUGCCUGGCCUAGAUGCAAUCAGCGGCGCCUCAUGGCCACGCUCUGCGCCAUCCGCGACGAUGAUCUUUCAGUGGAUGAGCAAGUUUUGGUAGCGCAGGCCAUUCAACACGUGGAAAGUCGUGUGCCGCAUGCAGGCUUGAGCCACCUGAUGCUGAGUGUCGUACUCGUAGGUGCUGUACAGUUGCCUCUCAAACGUCCAGCCUUCAGCACCUUGGCCGUGGCCACCAAGCCCAUUCAAGCCCCCGACACGCUUCGAAAAGCCCGAGCCAGCGAGACAGGUCUUGGUCAGAUCAUGAAGCUCCGCGUGCCCGGAGCACCAGGGCUGACCAUCAAAGCAGUACCACAGGUGGGUGAGAACUUCUCUGGACAAACAAGGCUGAUUGAUUGGUCGGAUUGGCAGGCCAAAACAGAAUCUGCACUUCAACAGCCGGUGGAGAAGCGCAAGGAGUGCAGGAUGAUACUGGCCCACACGAGGCCGCUGAAGAUGGAGCUGGCAGAAUCGGAAGCUCAGAAGGCCGAGGACAAGGAGCACCGGGCAAAGAAGGACAGCUAUUGGGAUACCCACCUGACAGGCCGAGCGCAUUUCAAGGAGCGCUACAAACACGACACGGGCGAACCCGUAGAGGUGCACUUGGUCUCACACUUGGUCGCGCUGCUGCUUGACUGGCUUGACUCGCUAGACUCGCCACUGGCGCAACGGCAGGUCUUCCAGCUGGAUUUUCAAGACACGAUCUACUAUCAGCUGCAGUUUAUGAGUGGCAAAAGGCUUGAUCCCUUCCUGGAAAAGGACGACAUCGAAAUGGUGUCAGAUGAGCCUCCCAAAGUCGUCAUACAGGGCCUCACACAGGGCAUGGUCUCGCAAGACACGUCCGACGACAAGAGCAAAGGCUGCAGAGAAUGGCUUGACGACGACAAGCAAGACGACUCCGGGAAUGCCGCAAAAGAAGAUCCCACUGGCAUUGUCAGGUUCAUGAACAGCUUGCUGAAGUGUUUGAUCACGGUGCCCAGCUGGAGUGCGCGCUUUGUGCAUGAGGACAUCGAUGCAGCGGCAACGAAGGACGAUGCUGAUAACACAAACGUGAUUGCCAGCAUGAGCUAUGUCCGCCUUGAGCUCGGACUUCGCUUGAACAGCCAGCUGCGGCCAAUUCAAAGAAUCUUGGCGCUUGCCGUGCUCGCGGUUGCCACCAAGCAGCCUCACAAGUUCAGCGAAAGUAUGACACGCAUCUUGACGUUGGUGGACAGCUUGGACCCCACUGUGGCACAAUCCAUGUGCGAUGCUGUGCUGCAGCUGCUGAACAUACCGAGAAACCUGGCAAGGUUCACGCGCGCAAAUGUGGAGAAGGUGCUUUCGUCCAUGACACAAGCCUUCUACGUGCCGGAGAAAGCAGAGUGGGCGCCCUGGGAUGCCGCUCAAGUGCGGUGUGCUCACCUGCGCGUGCUCAAGCCGGAAGCAAAGGACAUCGCAGAGAGCAAAGAACCUGCCUCAAGCAGGAUCAUCAGCCCACUGCUGGCCAUCCUGCAGAAAGCCGAGACAUCACAAGAGCAGCGGGCAUUUAUCUUCAACAUCAUCCGUCAAGGGAUGCGCUACGAGAUCGUCUCGGCGGUCUCCUUCACGUCCUCCUCGACGCAGAAAAGCACGAAGACCAAAGGAUCCACCGUCCAGCCGCUGCUUCAGGUUCUCAGACCUUUGGAGCGAUCCGUGGACCGGUUGAGUGAGCUCGAAAACUUCCACGACUUGUUUCGUGAUCUCUCCGUGGCCUUCAGCUCGGCAUCUGUGCUGAAGAAGGUGUGUCUGGUGUCUCAUCCUGAAGGGCACGCAAUGCUCAUCGUGGAAGAUGUGGUGCCCAAGCUCAUGCGUGUCAUUGGAGAGAUCAAGGACUUCCUUCCUCGCUUCAAGCACCUCUGGCAAACACAUGUAAGACAAGACUCUUUCAGUGACAAGAGCACGUGGCGGCUGCGACUGUUGUGA